GGAGCAACAGCCUGAUCCGCCACCAGAUGAUCCACACUGGGGAAUGGGCCUAUCAGUGUGGGGAAUGCGGGAAGGGCUUCAGCUUCAACUCCCAGCUCAUCAUCCACCAGCGCAUCCACACUGGGGAGAGGCCCUACGAGUGUCCUGAGUGUGGGAAGAGGUUUCACAGCAGCUCCACUCUCCUCAGGCACCAGCGGAUUCACACGGAUGAGAGGCCCUUCCACUACCCCGACUGCAGGAGGGGCUUCAAGAAAGACCCCCACCUCAUCAGGCACCGGCGCAUCCACACUGGGGAGAGGCCCUACGAGUGUCCCCAAUGUGGGAAGAGCUUCAGAGUGGAGGGAGCGCUGGUGGUCCAUGAGCAGCUUCAGGAUGGGGAGAAGCCCUACAAGUGCUUGGAGUGUGGGAAGAGCUUCAGCCAGAGCAACAGCCUGAUCCGCCACCAGAUGAUCCACACUGGGGAAUGGCCCUACGAGUGUGGGGAAUGUGGGAAGGGCUUCAGGUGCAAAUCCAACCUCAUCAUCCACCAGCGCAUCCACACUGGGGAGAGGCCCUACGAGUGUCCUGAGUGUGGGAAGAGGUUUCAGAGGAGCUCCACUCUCCUCAGGCACCAGCAGAUUCACACGGAUGAGAGGCCCUUCCUCUGCCCCGACUGUGGGGAGGGCUUCAAGCAAAACUCCCACCUCAUCACCCACCGGCGCAUCCACACUGGGGAGAGGCCCUACGAAUGUGGGGAAUGUGGAAAGUGCUUCACUCAGAGCUCCAGCCUGAUCCUCCACCAGAGGAUCCACACCGGGGAACGUCCCUACAAGUGUGGGGAAUGUGGGAUGACCUUCAGCCAGAGGUGCCAAUUUACCAUCCACCAGAUGAUCCACACUGGGGAGAGGCCCUACGAGUGUCCCGAGUGUGGGAGGAGGUUUCAGAGGAGCUCCACUCUCCUCGUGCACCAGCGGAUUCACACGGAUGAGAGGCCCUUCCGCUGUCCUGACUGCGGGGAGGGCUUCAAGCGAAACUCCACCCUCAUCACCCACCGGCGCAUCCACACUGGGGAGAGGCCCUACGAGUGUGGGGAAUGUGGGAAGAGCUUCAUCCAGAAAUCUCACUUGACCCAACACCAACAAAAGCACCACUAA